AUGGUUAAAGUGCUCUUGACUGGAGGCAGUGGCUUCAUUGCCGCCCACAUUGUAGAUAUUCUACUACAGCAUGGCUUUGAAACCGUUGUGACUGUCCGAUCUGAGGAAAAAGGUGACCAGAUCAUCAAGGCGCACCCAGAAACCAAAGAGAAGCUCUCCUAUGUGAUUGUGAAAGAUGUAGCCAAGGAUGGCGCAUUCGACGAGGCCGUCAAGUCAGACCCGCCAUUCGAUUACGUUCUGCAUACCGCAUCGCCUUUCCAUUUCAAUGUCCAAGAUCCCGUGAAGGACUUCUUGGACCCUGCCAUCAAGGGUACCACUGGUAUCUUGAAGGCCGUCAAAGCCUAUGCCCCAACCGUGAAGCGAGUAGUGAUCACAUCAUCCUUCGCUGCGAUUGUCAAUCCCAAGCAGCCUCCCGAGGUUUACAGCGAGAAGGUGUGGAACCCAGUGACAUGGGAGGAGGCGAUGGACCACUCGCAGGUCUACCGAGCUAGCAAGACUUUUGCCGAAAAAGCUGCCUGGGAUUUCGUCGAGAAGGAGAAGCCAAACUUCGACCUUGCUACUAUCAACCCACCUCUGGUGUUUGGACCGGUUGUUCCCUAUCUGAACUCUUUGGAGGCCAUCAACACCUCAAACCAGCGUUUCCGAGAUCUCAUCCAGGGCGCUAUGAAGGAGAAGCUGGCUCCAACUGGGAACUUCCUCUGGGUGGAUGUACGCGACGUUGCCCUUGCUCACGUAAAGGCAAUCGAGGUUAGCGAGGCCGGCGGAGAGAGAUUCUUCAUUACUGCGGGCUUCUUCUCGAACAAAAAGAUCGCAGACAUUGUCCGUGAAACCCACCCCGAGUUUGAGGAGAAACUGCCACCUGCGGACUCUGUUGAUGAUUCCCCGAACACCUAUGGAUAUGACAAUAGCAAGUCCCAGAAGGUUCUGGGGCUGGAAUACCGAUCCCUGGAACGGACAGUGAAGGACACCAUAGAUUCCCUUGUGGUGAUUGGUGUUUAG